AUGCGUGUCGGCUGCCGCGUGGAUGGUGUUUGUGUCAACAACAUCAGCUACGCCGACGACAUGGUGCUGCUGGGCCCGACGGCAAGAUCUGUCGAAGAAAUGCUGAAGGUCUGUGCUGACUACGCUGCUUCUCAUGGUCUUCGCUACAAUAUUAAGAAGUGUGAAUACAUUGUCUUUAAGGCCGCCGGUAAUAACCUUAAACAAUUCCCAGAGAUAACCCUAAAUGGCAUGAACAUUAAAAAACUAACUUCUUUUAAAUACCUUGGUCAUUAUGUCACCGACGUCCUUAAAGACAAUGCCGACAUUGAAAGAGAGCGUAGGGCUCUAGCGGUAAGAGGCCAACAAGCCGGUGUACUAAAAGGGGACUGGGCGGGUCACGUCUGCCGCAUGCCAGACGAGUCGUGGGCGAAGGCCACCACGGAAUGGAUCCCCAAUAAUCUCAGUACAGAGUACUAA